AUGCCAGCUCUCCGUCUGCUCACAGUCGCCAGUGCCUCGCUCUUCCUCCUGGCAAAAGCUAGCGGGGACCCGUCUCAGACAACGGGAGAACAAACAGAAUAUGCAGUCACACUUGAUCAUGAGGGCGCAUGUCUCUCCGAGAUCAACGCAGCUCGUAAGAAGGCCGGAUUCAACGACUUCAUUGUCGCUAAAACCGGCGAUGCACUUACGCGGCUGCCCGCAGGUGGAAGCCCGGAGGAAGAAGGCGAAGCAGACUGGGCUUGGCAGCCCGUUUGCGAUGUCUUGAUACCAGUAAGUCGUUCACUCUUAUAG